UACUUAUCUUUGGUUAGACCUGUCUUUACUACCUCACUGUGGACGUCAUCAACGCCAGUUGCAACAGAGAUGUAACGAUAGAAUAUUAGCUAGGAAAGGGACAUCUAAAUAAGAAUUGUUGAAAAUUUAAAAGCAACAAUUUAGAUUUGGUGUUGAAGGCUGCAGUUUCCAAAAUGCCAACUUCAAGCGAAGCUUUAUCUGAUUUUAACUCCACUGAAAUGUCGCCAGGAGCAGUCGAUAGAUGGCGCAGAAGACCACCGUCAGGAGUUGUCCCUAGGUUGGAAAUGGCACGUAUCAACGUGGAACUACCGGAAAAGUUUAAAUCACCACCCAAAGAGGCUGGGGAACAUAAGAGAACAUUUUUGAAAAUGUAUAGAUCGUCAAAGGGGGUCUACACUUACAACCAGAACCAGAACGAAGAUAAUUGCUAUCCAUUUAGUAUAUAUCAAGAGAAAAGUUUCUAUCACUUGAGUAAACAGAGUUUUGUGAAUUUUGGUCGUCCUGUCGACAAUGUCAGUCGUGACAAAGUUGAUGUUGAAGUCGUGAAAGACGUUGGAGAAAGUACAUCAGUUAAAGAAUUCGUGAAAGACGGAGAAAACACAUCAGUUAAAGAAUUUGAACUUUUGACAAACAACUCUUAUAUUCCAAUGACACAAACUCGUCGACGCUCAAAGAGUGACUCUGAGGUCUUGAAAGAUGUUUUUACUAUUCCUAGUAAGGACGUCCAUUUAUGUACAACAAUAUCUAACUCCUAUGACAUAAAAUACGAUACAAUUAGUAAAGUGCAAAAUUCAAGGCCUCAUUUUCCCAUUUUGGAUGGUAAGCAUCGCACAUCCACAGAAGGUAAUGGAAAUUCUGACAGACACUAUAUGCAGAUAACACAACCCUACGCGUCUAUUGGGGAAUUAAGGUCUUCCAGUGCAGAUGAAGUACAUAAUGUUGGCAGUGUUGAUGAUCGGUUUCUCAACAACAAUGACCCGCUUCAAAGCGCAAAAAAGAUUGACAAUCUGAAUUCAGCCAGACUCACAAUUGAUGAAACCAAUCAUAAUUUCACUGAUACCUAUGACGUUAGAUUAACUGGGGAACAUUCGGGCAGGAAUAUCGCAAUCCCAAAACAAAGCUCUCAUAGAGACGUUGAAAACGGAUCUAGGCAAAGUUUAAAUAGUUAUGUCGAUUAUGAGUCAAAGAACAGCCUCGAAAGUAGCAAAAGAUACACCCAACAGUUUUACCCUUCGGAUGUACUUUCUGAACAACAGUUGAACACUUUUAACGAACUUGACCAAAAGUUGAACACUUCGAGCGUAUCUGAUCAACGGUUUAAUCCUUUAAGUGUAUCUGGCCAAAAGUUAUACACCCCAAGCGUACCUGAUCAACAAUUAAACACUUUUAGCAUACCUGGCCACAAGUUGAACCCUUUGGGCGUACCUGACCAAGGAUUAAACUUUUCAAGAGUAUCUGACCAAAUGUUUUAUACUUUAAGCGCACCUGCUGACCAAAAGUUCAACACUUCAAACGUAGCUGACCAACAGUUAAACACUUCAAACGUAUCUGACCAACAGUUAAACACUCCAGGCGUAACUGACCACCAACUUGAAAUUACAAGGUUGCCAGCAAUCGCAAAUAAUCUGAUUCAAAGAAAUCAUGCCAUCGGUAAACUAAAUGUAAACAUAGCGGAAAGUUUCUAUGAACCUGAGGACGAAAAGAAAAUCGUCUCAUUUAAAUUGACACACAGAGAUGAACAAUCGAGAAAUGGAGAUAAGACCAUGUAUCAACAACAUGUCUUACAUGACAUGGAAGAUAAUCUUACUACUAUAAACAAACAUACAUGUAAAGGUCAAGUGUUUGGUCUUAAGUCAACAAAGAAAGUGAAAAACAAAAUUCGACGAAGGACCAGCGUUGAAGACAGCGGUAAAACAACCAUGCCGGCUAGUUUCUUACCAACGCUGAAUUCACCUCGAUCGACGACCAACUCAGGCCAACGGGAGAUUCUUGACGUUUCGGCUAGUAUGGAACAAUUGGAAAUUGAAGAUGACAAUAAUGAAGGACCAAUUCAGAAUAGUCAAACUGGCGGAGAUACAUUCUUUGAUAAAUCUACAAAUGAAAUCAAAAUGAGGCGACGCCAACUGUCGAGAAGGAAUUCCAACAAGACGUUAAAAGCGUUAUUCAUACCACCAAUGCGCAGAUUUGCAGCCAAACCCGAACUGAAACCCAAUGCGGUAUGUUUCGACGAUCCAAACUCUAACUGGGUGCAUAAAGAUAUACUUCAUGCUACUUUGAAGGUAUUGGAAACUCUAGAGGGACACAAUCCAAGGGUCCAAACGAUCCAAUUUGAGCCGAGAAAAGUCAUUAUUGGUGAUCCUCUAUGCGAGAAUAGAUGGAUAGUGACUCUGUCGGAUGGAAUAGCUCGAGGCCAUGUUUUGAAACACGGCCUCGUUAUAGAUGGCACCCACACUUAUGUCCAAAGAUACGAUACCGUAAUGGACAGAGAAUAUUGUUUCUUUUUACAAUAUCACAGAACGAAGUAUCGAAAUAAGCCUACUCACACAUGAAAGUGAUGAACUUGUCCUGUUGACAAGAUAUUGUUGAUUAUUAAAAGUUUUAUACUUCCUGCUUAUAACUUUUAUUUCUCCAUUCGUCGUGGUUCCAUUCCUAUGGGCGUGGAAAUAAGGUCACAUGAUUGUAUUAUUAUCUUGCCAUUCUGAUUUAGUCCCUCUUUAUUCUAAUACAACUGCAUUUAUUCGACACCUUAGUUCUGCCAAUAAUAUUUAUGUUUGGUGCCGAGGUAUGGGAUAUAACACAAAACAAAUUUUUUUUUCUAAAAUAUAUUUUAUUUUAAAGGGUUAAGAAAACAACUCCAAACUAUAUGGUUUACGGUGAACUUGGUAAACCUCUACAUGUAAAGUAUGUAUAUCUUGAAAAUUUGGUAUAAAUUAGCAAUAAGCAGCUCUGACAGUUUAAAAAUAAGUGAAAAAUGUACAAAUUAUGUAAACGUAUGUAUGGUACAUUGGGGAAAAAGUAUAGGUGACGAAUUUCAUCUCAU